ACAGUGCUAUAUGAAACAGGAAAAGCCGGGAAAAGCAACAAAAUCCAGAAAUGGGGUCAUGAGCCUGAAAAGUGGAACAUCUAUGUUACGGAUGUUAUUUUAAGACGUCAAUAUUGAGAACUGGCCUCAGUCUUACAGAAUACUGUACACAUACCAAAGUCCAGAUCCAGUGGAAAGCAGCACACGAUGAAUGUUCUUUGUAUUCUCUCACUGUGUCUGAUUGUCUGUGAUCAAGUAAACGGCCACUUUUUGUUCGGAUCCAGCCCAACUAUAUAUCCAUCGGAAGAUGUGAACCCCAUGUGCGAACAGAAUGCUCGUGACGGAGACUGUGAAUUCUGGAACUGCUUCCACGCUAGAUGGCGCUGCUCCAGGGAUCACAACUUCUCAGAAGAGUACGGCAAAAGGUUGUGUCAGAGGUUGAAGCAGUACUACGACAGCUUUGAUGAUGAGGGCAAGCAGUUUGCGGACGAGUCAACCAAGUGUCUUAUGGGUAAAUUCCUCAGUAAAUACCGCGCUGACUCCAACCAGUGUUAUGCCCUGGAGCAGUACGGGGAGAAAAUGCUGGCUGAGUGUAACGCAAACAGGGGGUUCUGCACCGCCAUAAAGAACAACAUGGAUACGCUAAAACGCGUUUAUCAUCCGAGAGACCUGAUCCAGCUUGGGCGCACCCUUACGCAGUGUGCUAGAAACGAACUAAGCAAAAAGCUCAGUGUUAUCCUUCCGAUAAUCCACGGCAAAAAGUAGGCCAGGAAGUAACGACUGUCGCGAUUGUGAUUAUCGCCAUUGAUUCUGCGACU